AUGAGGCUGUGGCUGAGACGCCUGGUCCUCCCCGUGCUGCGGCGCGCCCGAGGAUGCAGCAGGCUUCACGGGCAGCCACCGCCCCUACCUCCCCCUCAGGAGUUUGUGGCCAACUGGGAAGCCAUCAGCCUGGGGAAAAAGCCUGUGCCUGAGUACUUCGACUUUGCCCAUGACGUGCUGGACGUGUGGAGUCAGCUGGAAAAGGCUGGGCACCGGCCCCCGAUCCCUGCCUUCUGCUGGGUCAAUGGCAAGGGAGCAGAGGUCAAGUGGAGCUUUGAGGAGCUGGGGAUGCAGUCCAGGAAGGCGGCUAACGUGCUAGUGGGCGUGUGCGGCCUGCAGCCCGGCGACAGGAUGAUGCUCGUGCUCCCGAGAAUCCCAGAAUGGUGGCUGGUCAACAUAGCUUGCAUGCGGACAGAGUUUGACUCGCUGGCCAUUCUGAAGGGGCCGAAGGCAUCUGUGGUCCUGGCUCCACAGUUACUGUCCCAUGACUCAGACCAGCUCACCAAGGAGCUCCGGGAGCAUGUGAAGUCAGUGACAGCCCCGUACGCAUACCCGAGGAAG